AUGGCAAAGCCAGAAACGAAGACAGGAGUCAAAGUCAUUGUUGUUGGCGCCGGCUUCGGGGGACUGACAACUGCAAUUGAGUGCCAUCGACAAGGUCACGACGUUAAGGUUUAUGAAUCAUUCCCUGAGCUAAAACAAUUGGGGGACAUCAUAUCUUUUGGUGCGAAUGCUGGCCGCAUCUUUCACCGAUGGUCCAAUGGAGCCGUCGUCUCCAAGUUGAAACCGCUUUGCAUCGAUCUACAUGAAUACGGCUUCCGGAUUCACAAGUGGGACACUGGUGAAGUUGUUCUCACUCAGAAAAGACCGCCUGCAGAUCCCGAAGCACCUGUCCUCAAUGGCCACAGAGGAGAACUGCACGAGGUCAUCUACAAUUAUGCGAAGGAUGAACUAGCGAUUCCAAUACAUCUUGGCCAACCGGUCACUGACUACUUUGAGGACCAAGAUGCUGCAGGUAUCCAGCUUCAAGACGGAAGCAAGGUUUCAGCUGACGUCGUCAUUGCUGCGGAUGGGGUCCGAUCCAAAGCGAGGGAACUAGUUCUUGGCCACAAAGAUAAGCCACAAAGCAGCGGAUAUGCGAUAUGGAGGGCAUGGUUCUCCGCCGACGCCUUACUGGCAGAUCCUCGCACCAGACAAUUCUGUGAGAAUGGCGAUACCUUCAAUGGCUGGAUAGGCCCAGACGCCCAUUUCCUGUUCUCUACUCUGAAGGGAGACGAAUACGACAUCGAUGAAUCAUGGUCCUUUCCCGGUAAGAUCGAGGAUGUUUGCCGCGCACUCGAGGGUUGGGACCCCAUGUGCCGAGUAAUCGUCGAGAAAACUCCAUCACUAGUGGAUUGGAAGCUCAUGUAUCGCGAUGCACUUCCUAAUUGGGUCAGCGGAGGCGGACGAAUUGCCUUACUAGGAGACGCCGUUCAUCCAUUCUUGCCAACAAGUACCCAAGGCGCGACUCAAGCCAUGGAAGACGGCGUUACUAUAGCAGUAUGCCUGAAACGUGCGGGCAAGAAAGAUAUUCGUACAGCGCUCAAUUCUUACCAAGGAAUCCGAUACGAUCGUGUGAGGGCGGUGCAGAAGACUGGAGUCUCCACUCGUGAGAUGUGGCACAAGACAGACUGGGAAAAAGUGAAGGAGGAUCCAACAACAAUUGCUUUGCCAAGAGAAGACUGGAUACUCGAGUUUGAUGCGGAAAAGCAUGCGGAAGAGACGUACGAGCGUACCAUGUCGAAGCCAGACUGCCUGAUUUAG